ACUUAGAUAUUUCAUUAUUUGAAAUGGCUUCUAAAAACAUUUUUCUGUUAGGGCUUCUUGCUUUCACUUGCUCUCUUGCCCUUGCUGAUCAUAGUCCACUUCAAGAUUUCUGUGUGGCCGACCCCUCCCGGUCAGUUCUUGUGAAUGGUUUAACAUGCAAGGACCCAAAGCAGGUUCAAGCAAGUGAUUUCUUCUUCAGUGGGCUUCAUAUAGCAGGCGACACAUCAAGUCCAGUAGGUUCAAAAGUGACCCCAGUUACAGCAUCCCAAUUGCCAGGCCUAAACACUCUUGGAAUCUCUUUGGCUCGUAUAGACUUUGCACCGUCUGGAAUUAACCCUCCACACACACAUCCAAGGGCUACUGAAAUUUUGACCGUUUUGGAAGGUAGCCUUGAAGUCGGGUUUGUGACUUCUAAUCCAGACAACCGUCUUAUUACCAAAGUGCUGAAUAAGGGUGAUGUCUUUGUUUUCCCUAUUGGUCUUAUUCACUUCCAAAAGAAUGUUGGAUAUGGUAAAGCUGUUGCUAUAGCUGCUCUGAGCAGUCAAAACCCAGGAGUCAUAACCAUUGCUAAUGCAGUGUUUGGGUCAAAGCCUGGCAUUUCUAGUGAUAUUCUUGGAAAAGCUUUCCAAGUUGACAAGAAUAUAAUUUCUCAACUUCAAGCUAAGUUCUAAGUUUAAAGGCAAAGGAUUAAAUUCAUUUGGAAAUUUUUUCUGUGUGUUUUAGAGUGUAUUUGUUGAUUUAUGUGUGCAACUGUUCUUCUUAUAUUGAUCA